CGGUAUUUGAAGAUGUUUGAUACACGAUCAGGAUUUGAGAUACAGACUUGUAGCCGCUACGCUAUGGAAGGGAACCUGGGUGGGAAGAUAUGUGCAACCAAGGAUUGGCUGAAGCAUGACAAGAUUGAAAUGCUUAUUGGAUGUAUAGCAGAGUUGACAGAACAGGAAAAGGAUGAACUAUUGACCCCAAACGUAAAUGACUUCAGUGUCAUGUUUUCAUGCCGUAAAAACUGCGCCCAGUUAUGGCUAGGUCCUGCAUCGUUUAUAAAUCAUGACUGCAGGGCAAAUUGCAAGUUUGUGUCUACAGGCAGGGACACGGCCUGUGUUAAAGUCCUGCGUGAUAUCAAAGCAGGGGAAGAGAUCACAUGCUUCUGUGGGGAAGACUUUUUUGGGGACAGCAACAGUUUGUGCGAAUGUGAAACAUGUGAAAGGCGUCGUGUUGGCUACUUCGGGCGUGCAGAUCCCCGCAGUCCAGAGAUAGAGAAGGGCUACAGGCUGCGUGACACGGAUGAUCGACUACAUCGCAUGAAGAGUCAGGCUCAGGUCCAUCGCUCGUCAUGUGUCGGGGUGAACAAGACCAUGAAUGGAAACGGCUCCUUUUUCAUCCAGAUUGAGAAAACUGGGAUAUUCGAGAUGGAAAUUUAAAGAAGCAGGCACACCUUCUGUCUAAAGCUAAACUCAAGCGGAGAGGCAUCACUCGCUAUGAUGCUAAGAUUAUCUUGGCUCAUGGACAUUCUCUACCAGAACCCAAAGUGGACCUUGGUGAACAA